CUAACUCAGCCACAGGAGUUACGCGCCGCAUUGCCCGCGGGACGCGCGUGCGAGCGGCCCCAGCUCUCUAGACGCACCUCAGAUAUCGGCACACCCGAACGCGGGAGCGCUAAGAUGCUCAAAACGCCCCGCCGCCGCGGAACUGAAGACGAUGAAGAACAGCACCGGCAAGCGAAGCGCGCCGCGCCGGACGCCGUCUGGGCCACAGAAUUACCGACCGACCUCUGGAAGCGGUGCCUGGACUUCGCCUACGGCCCGGCGACGGCCUGCGUCGACCCGCUGGCGCCGCUCAAGGCCGCCGCGACGCUCGCGAUGGUGUCGCGCGGCACGCAGCGCGCGAUGGCGGACCCGGGGCUCUGGAAGGACCUCGCGCGGGGCUCGGAGCGCUGCGGCUGCGACAAGAUCGUCCUGGCGGCCGACGUCGGAGGCUUUUCGGCGCAGAACGGGCGGCCGUGGCGCGUCCUCGGCCGCGCGCUGCGCGACUUUUUGAAGAAGUGCACCCACUGCCGCGCCGUCGAGGCGCCGAUCCGCGUGCCGUUCGGCGUGCGCCUCUGCAACGCCUGCGCGACGAUCCGGCCCGGCGGCGCGUUGAUCAGAGAGGGCCGCGCGCGCGACGACUACCACCUCGCCGCCGCGGAUCUUGUGAAGCUGCCGUUCCUCGACACGCCGAGGAGAUCAGCGCCCCCGCCCGUGCCGGACUUCACGGAAGCGCCACCAGUGACCCAGUCGCCGGCCCUCGUCUUCUCGCCGCGGAGCGGCGAGGUCGCGCUCGACGUCGCGCCGCCGGUCGAGGAGCGCGUCUUCGGCGGCGCGCCGUUCCUGUCGCCGCCGCCCUAUACAAGGGCGCCGCCGGCGGAGCGCGUCUUCGCGCGGCGGCACCUCGUCUUCGCGCAGCAGCGGCGCUUCGGCACGGCCGCGGCCGUGGACGUCCUGGACCGCGAUGCGGACGCGGCGCGGACGGCCGUCGACGCGGCGCGGCGCGCGGCGGCGACGGAGGAGCUCCUCCAGGCGUACAGCCUCUAGGUUGUGCGACUAAGAAGAUAUCGCAACAACGUACUUACCGGCCCCGAUCAACCUAGUCGCCCCCGCCGCCGUCGUCGGCCGCCGGCGCCGCGGCGGCCUCGCCCUCGAGCACCUCCGGGUAGUGCUUCGCGAGGUACUCGUACAUGAAUUUGACGGGCGACUCGGGCAUCGUCGCGAUGAGCUCCGCCGUCAUGUCUCUAUAUAAUUUCUCGACGCCGUGGGCGGCGAGGUACUCCUCCCACUUUUUUUGUUGCUGGGCGACGUGGGCGCUGACGCUGUCCUCGGCCAUCGUCGUCUCCCGGUGGUCGUGCGCGUGAGUGGUCGCGGCCGGGGGUGGCUCCUCGGGGAGGUUGCUCACUGGGCUGCUCGUUCGUCGGCGCCGGGCGGUCUUCUCCGCGGCGGGUGGGCGACGAGGGACGACGGAGCCUUUGUGGAGUGACCCUACGUGUCGAUAGUCGGGGGUGCGUGAGUUGGGCAGCCCUGCGCUAGAUGGAUGAGC